GCUGGGGCCGUUUGAAUGAGGCGCGAGGGCGAGGGCGGGAGAGGGAGGGAGACGCGGCGCCCGCACAACCCGCACCCGCCGCCAUGGACAACGGCAGCGUGGAGGAGACGGCCGCCGCACUCGUCCGGGAGUAUCUCAGCCGCAAGGGCUUGAAGAAGACGAUUUCUGCCAUGGACCAGGAACUUCCACGCUCAGAGGGCUGCAUUAACACCCGCAACGAACUCAAGAAGGUGCUGCACCUCGAGCUGCUAUAUAAACAGAACAAGGCUCAAGUGGUGCCUCUCAAAACAAUGCUCGAGAUAAUAACCAAAUACUUCUUGGAAAGUUCUGAAAAUACAAAGAAUAUAGCGCGGGACAGUUUUCGAGCGCCAGCUAUCGUAAGUCAGAGAGCCACGUCAGUGCGUUUUGACAAAACCUUCGUAAAUAUCUACGACCUCUCUGAUGAAGACAAAGGUGGGGGCGUACCAUUUCAUGACCUAAAUAAAAUGGAUGCUUGCAGGUUCACCAAUGAUUCAACUAGUUUGGCCUGUAUGCCUUCUUCUAAGCCUUUACAGAGUUCACUCAAGAAGAAGGAUCGAUCUCCAGGUGGUAACGGAUGUCCUUCAGGAGGUGAACCAGGACACCUUCCCCUGAACAUCCUGUCACAAGAUUCGAGCAGGGCUGGCGUGUUUCCCAUAGAAGCCAGAGUAUCAAAUAUGGAUCAACAGAGAUCUCGGUCCACUCGCGUAGUACGUGGCAUGAUGACUGGUCCAGUCCGCACCGUACAGGAGGACUCCUCCAAAAGGCGCCUCAGCAAGCGAGGCUCGGGAUCCAACUUGAUGCUGCACGUGGUGGAGAGCGACGUCGACAGCGGCCUGAAGGGCUACGUGCGGCAGGCCAGCGCCCCAUGCGAGAACGCCGCUGGCUCUGACUGGUUGCCCGCCGCCUCCACGCUGGUGAACCACAUGACGGAUGGCACGUCCUCUCCGGACUACCCGCCGAUGAAGCCCUCCGGCUACUACCCAGGUGGCCGCAGCGGCCAGAAGCCCUCGGACAUCCGAUGGUACCAGGAACCCGGCGACGAUGUUGGCGUGGAGAGGCAGCCCGAGCGACCCCGGUGCCUGACCCCCAGCGGACUCGAGACCAAGCUGCCCCCCAACGCGAAUGCCAAUGUGCCUGAGAGGAGCAGGAAGGUGAAGUUUGCACCAGAGUGCAUGAACAUUGAGCACAAGGCGAGAGACAACAAUGCCCCGAAUGUGGAAGAACUACAUGUCAGAAUGUCCUCGAUGUGUUCUGAAACUCAGCUGGAAGAACGGCUACAGUUAGCCGACAUCGAUGAUGAUGACUUUGAAGAUGUCGAUGAAAUUCCAACCGUCAGUUCACUUCGUAAACACCACAUCGAUUCUAAACCCAUAGACCAGCCACUUGCAGUACAUCUGAAAAACCUUCUGUUUGGCUCCAGUUUCUGCUGUUUCGCCGAAGAAUGGAAGAUGCAGAGUUUCACCUUCAACGAUCUACCUGAAUUAAAGUACGGCAUCGUUCAGAAGAAGGGUGGUCCCUGUGGGGUUUUGGCUGCAGUUCAGGCCUGCGUCUUGCAAAAGCUGAUCUUUGAAGACGUCACUAUCAGCAGCAGUGAAAACAUCCUCCCGCUGCCCCAACGGGAACUGCGACCAAGCAAUGCUCAGCGGUCACACAGUCUCGCGCUGGCCAUCACAGACAUAUUAUGGCGUGCAGGUGACAGGAGAAGAGCUGUGGUUGCACUGUCAACAGGAAGACAACAGUUUACCCCAGCUGGAAAAUAUAAAGCUGAUGGGACUGUCGAAACGAUUAUACUGAAUACGCUGACAAACUUCAAAGAUCUGACCACUUUUCUACAGCAAAAUGUUGGCCAGUUUGAGAUUGGACCGUUUGGCUGCAUUCUUCUGACCCUGUCUGCCAUUUUAUCCAGAUCCAUUGACUUAAUAAAAUGCGACUUUGAUGUCCCCACCAGUACGCUGAUCGGAGCGCACGGCUACUGUACACAGGAACUUGUGAACCUGUUGUUAACAGGUAAAGCUGUGUCCAAUGUUUUCAACGACGUUGUUGAGCUGGAUUCUGGCAACGGCAAUAUCACAGUCCUCAAAGGAAUUUCGGGGCGCAGUGACAUUGGACUGCUCUCCCUGUUUGAGCACUACAGCAUCUGCAAGGUUGGAUCCUUCCUGAAAACGCCAAAGUUUCCCAUUUGGGUAGUGUGCAGUGAAAGCCACUUCAGCAUCUUGUUUUGCCUGAAGAAGGAACUACUGAGCGACUGGAAAAUUGAGAGGAGAUUCGACCUAUAUUACUAUGACGGACUGGCAAAUCAGCAGGAGGAAAUCCGACUAACAAUCGAUGCAUCGGAGAGCUGUUCGUUGGAAGGAGAAGAGGAUUUAAUUCCUCCAUUAGAGCUGUGCAUCAGGACCAAGUGGAAGGGAGUGUUUGUAGAUUGGAAUGGAUCGGAGCCCAUCCUGUAAUGCAGUGGACCACAACGUCAGAAGUGAAUUGUGUAGGAAUCACACAGCUGCAACACCUUCGCUUCCUCGGUGCCGGGAGAGGCCUUUCACCUUGUCGAUCAUGAGUUGGCACUCGACAACACCUCCAUCCAUUAAUUUCCCUCAUUUCCUCCGAAUAUGGACCAGGGUUGGGGGGCGGGAGGUGGCGAUUAUAUCCCCAAGGUGUACGUUUGGGAAGGCCAGGCACCAGCAUGUCCCAUGGACAAGAUGCCAGAACCAUAGUCUUACUACACCCCAAGGUAAUACAUCAGAUGUCCUGGGAUAGGAGACCUUCCCACCUACCAUUAACAUAAGACGCAGUGGAAUUCAGGUGUAUUAGCAAUGAUACAUAUAUUGCGUGGGGUCACAGGGAAACGCUAAUCAAAUUUGGCAGUACCUUGAGUGACGAGGAUACAAAGCCGAUACCUUCAUCCACGUUUCUCUCCCAAGUUGACUUGGGUUCAGCAGAUGCAACCUUAAAGUGUUGUACUUGAGUUAAUUUUACUUUAGGAAUUAGCAGAAGUGAAGGACACCAAUUUGGUGUUGAGUCUCAUGUCAUAGGAGCAGAAUUAGACCAUUCGGCCCCUUGAAUCUACUCCACUCAUCAGGAGCCUCCGAUUUAAUGGGAGACUAUAAAGUUCUUUAAUAAUUCAGCACAGUUCCUUGAUGUCAAUUCAGCAACAACACAAAGCCUUUAUCUGCUCAGCGGCCAUAAUAGUGCUUUUGUUGCUGAAUGUAAUAAUGCUCAAUGCAACAAGGGGGCAUUUAAUUUGGGUCCUUCAAAUAAGUCUAGAUUGCGAGGCGUGCUCCUGAUGAUUUCCAUCUAUUUAGGUGGAGUUCAUAGGUUGUAAAGAGGAGCAGUCAGUGCAGACCCCAGGCCCAACUCCAAGACUUGCCAUUCCAUUAAAUCAGGUGAGUCUGUCUCGUCACCACCUCACUGCGCUGCAACCGUGGGUGGGGGACGGUAAGCACACCGUCUCACUUGCAGUGGUCCAUAGGUACACUUCCUGGCAUUGAGCGGUCUGUGAACGGUGAUGUGGGUGUAUCAGGGAUGGGGAAGGAGAACGGUAACAAGCAGGCCAGGCGGGAGCAUCAGAGUGAAUGCUGCGGGUAUGAGGAGAGGCAGAGAAGACUUAUGUUGAGUUUGAGCUUCAGGCCUCCUGUGGUCCCACCAUGGAUUGGUGAUGUUGCCAUUAUUGACCUGAGCCAAGCCAGUCCAUUAGCCCCACCCGAUCACUGUGAGGGUUUAUUACAGCUGUUAGUCUAUGCAUUCACUGACAGUAUUUCAAAAGCUGCUUCUACAUGUAUCUGCAAUGUGAACACAAAUUUAUCAUGGGAAUUUGACCACCCUAUUUGGACCAUCUUUUACCACAAGGUCUUCUUAUAGUCUCUUAUACUCUCUGGAGACAAACACAAAGUUUGUAAAUUAACUUUUGGGGUUGCCGGAAAAAUGGCCAGGAGACCCUAACCUUUUUGUUUACAUAAGAGUCCGAGUAUUUUUAAGAACAAGAUAUGACCCAUUGUACAAAUUGUUCCCAAUAUCAAUCAUUUUUGCUCCAUAUCAAUAAUGAUGCUGCUUUAAGGAAAGUGUCUAUCCACCAAUUUUACACAAACUGCUGGACAGUAUAUCUCGUAGUGUUUAGUUUAUCCUGGUUGAGAACUAACCAUCCAUGAAAUACAAGUGAGUGAAAAGAAUCACAGGAACUUUUCAAAAAGUGGCUCUUUAAAACCUGUCUUGGCUUGCGUUCAUUACGAACCAGUUUGGCCAAAAUAGGUUAUUGGCUGUGCAUUUAGUUCUAUCUGUGGGAUUUUUCCUGUACAAAUUGGUACAUCAGUCACGGGACUUCAGCAUGUCCUUACACUGCUAGGUUUAUUAGGUUUGUUCUCAUCUUUCCUUUCCCUGAGAUCCCUUUCAUGGAGUUAACUCAUCACCUCUACCAUAUUCCACCCAAGGCCUAAAUGAAGCCACCCGCUGGCAUCUUUGGUCUCCCAUCCCAAUUUCUGCACUGUCCUUCAAGACGGACCUGUCCUGCCAGUUUCUAGUCAGGAACCGAGGCUGCUCUGCACAACUGAGGCACAGGGGAUGAGAAAAUCUCCCUCCUGCCUGUGUGCCAACUAGUUUUGCCUCCAGUUCCCCGUGUUUUUGUCUACUGUUGGGAAGCCCUUUAGAUAUGACAGACACAAAGUGUUGGAGUAACUCUCGGAGUAACACGCAAAGUAUUGGAGUCCAGGCAACAUCUCCAGAGAAAAAGGAUGGGUGACAUUUCGGGUCGGGACCCUUCGCGUCACCCAUCCUUUCUCUCCAGGGAUGUUGCCUGGCCCGCAGAGUUACUCCAGUACUUUGUGUCUUUCUUUGGUAUAUAGCAGCAUAUGCAGAUCCUUUCUGCACAUCCCUUUAGAUAUGACCCAUGACUCACAGAAACCAUGGUAGCUUUCUAAUUGACAUAUUUUCUCAAUUUGAUACAUAUACCUUUAAAUGUUUGCAUACGUACUAAGUUCAAACUUUAUUUUCUGUAAGUGGCAGCCAAGCAUUUAAGCCGUUGUCCAAGUAUAAGUCAAAUCUAGUAUGUAUUCCGCUGGAGAGUGACUAAUCCUUUGGUAAUGCUUGGCUGUGUCCAUUGCUUUAGGUUGGUUGAAUCAACAUACCUAAUGUACAUUCAGGUAAAGAUCUGUUUAUCUAUUCAUUUCUUCCUGGUUAUUAUCUCUAGCCAGGCAGUGAGAAAUACUGUGCUCUUGCAUUGUUUUGUGUGUGCAGUAAAAAGAAUGCUGUGGAUUUCUUAAAUAGCUAUUUUGUUUAAACAAAAAGACUAAACUAACUUAACUCGAUUCACUGGAGUCCUGUGCCACUUCACACACAUGUAACGUUGCAAAAUCUGUGUUAUAAUAAGUUGAAUAGCACUUUCAAAAAGCACCGGAGGAAAAGCCACUUACUUGGCUGCUUCCCCCGCUGUUUGACUUUGUGCUUCCUAUGAGAUGUUCGCUAAGUGCAUGGAGCUCUAAUCCAUUGAAUAUGUGUACUUAACCAAAUGUUUCAUUGCGACACGCCUGUGUAUCAAGAAUAACGAGUGUGCAGGCAGCAAGUUGGCUGCUGAAGUGUGCAGUAACUGACCGCCAUUUCCACCACCGUGCCGUGCUUGUGGGUUAACUCGUGGAUACUUUUAUAAAAACUAUUCAUUCGGUAAUUUCACAAGCACCUUUGAUUAUACUUUGAUCAGAA